UCAAGAAUUGGGUUUUCUAGUAGCCAAGAAGCCCCAUUUAAGGAAAGGGCCUCAGAAGAUGAUGCUGAAGAUUCUAUGAGGCCUCAGCAGAAGGCUGCACUCUCUCAGCCUUAGCAGUUGUCGGGAGUAGAUUGUGCGGACAAUGAAGUUGGACACCAGUCAAAUAACUUCGUGGAUAUGGGUGGAAAAUCCAGGAAGAAUGAGGCCUACAUGAGCAAGGACGUUGGUCCGGAAGGCUAUGGAAGCAAUCCCAAGAAGGCACCUACAAGUGCAGCACAACAGCAUGAGCCUAAACACACAGGACAAGCAGUGGCUACCAACACGACCAAAGAAAGUAAACCCCAUAAGUCUAACUCAGUGGCAGAUGUAACUGAUAGAAGGAACGGUUCCUUUUGGAUCGAAAGCAAUAGCAGCAAUCGUAAGAGGAGGGAAUCUUCUUCAGAAGAAGAUAGUUGUUCUUAUUCUAAGUAUGACAAAGACGAACCGGAGUUCAAAGGACCAAUAAAAGAUUUCUCACAAUAUAAGGAAUACGUCCAAGAGUACCGUGAGAAAUUCGGGAGUUACUGCUCUUUAAACAAGAUCCUAGAGACUUACAGGAAUGACUUCCACAAACUGGGACAUGACCUUGAAGUUGCAAAAGACUGGGAUAUGGAGGGUUAUUAUAACAUCAUAGAGCAGUUGAAGGAAACGUAUCGCCAAUGUGGAACGAGGCAUAAACGGCUAAAGAAGAUAUUUAUUGUGCUUCAUGAAGAACUAAGGCAAAUCAAGCAGAGAAUAAAAGAUUUUGCACUGGCAUAAUACAAAAGAGGGAGGAGUCAGCAUUUUUCUUAUCUAAAGUUGUAUCUGGUGUUUUGAGUAUGGGAAUCUUGCUCUGGUGGGGCCAUCAUGUUCAAGUUUGUAUCUCCAGUGUAUGUAGUACUCGAGGGCCUAGGCAACUUAUGAAGAAGCUGCUGAACUCUAUUGUGGAGCAACUGAUGGUAUGUCAUAAUGAUCAUGAAUGAAAGCCUGAGUCUUGAACUCUAGAGUGGAUGAUUGAUGUGUCCUUUGAGGGACUAAGCCGUUCGGGCACGAUGGAAGACAAGUGUAGAACGAAUAGAGUGCCAACAAUGAUUCCGAGCUAUUGUAUGGAGAUUACUCCAAUCCCCAGAAACACAGAAAACCAAAAGAAAUAGGAGGGUGGUUUAUUUAGAAGAGAUAGACCCGUGUGUCCAUGGACCCUAUUUUUAUGGUGGCAGUCACUGUAAGUUAUUACUGUAACCUGUUGAUUUGUUACUUCCAAGAAAUAAUGGAAGCAAUAGUUUUUAUUGAUGUUGAGACUUAAACGAUUCCUAUCUUGUAAUUUUAACAGAGAUUGGAUGAUUAUAUA